AUGGAAGGUCCAGGAACUGAUGCCUCAUUCCAUUUCAGUGGUAUCGAAAAAUAUUUCAACUCUUACACUCUUACAGGUAGAAUGAAUUGUGUACUGGCCACAUUUCGAGGCAUCGCUUUGAUGGUCUUAUACUUCAAGUUGAAGUAUAAAAAUACACCAGCUAUGAACGGAACAGUAACAGAUUUUAAGCUGUACCUCAUCUGUGAAGUUCCCAUGCCUGGAGAAGCUAAUGCCAACUCAUCAUGUAAUGCUCAAUUAGUACGAUAA